AGCGCCGUCUUGAGUCUCGCAGAGCCUUGGAAGCUUCAAUUCAAGCUCCCGUCUGUCCUUACUACAGUACCUCGGGCCACUCCAAUUGUUGGUGGUGUCACCGCAACGGGAACUUCCAACCAUCUGAAGCCACCGAGAACCUGCUUAGAAGUCUGACCCGUCCACAGUAUCAGGUCAGUGUUCAAAUACACCUUGUCUAGCUCAGAGAUUGACAAUAACCCCAGCCCACUCCUACAUCAGGAAAGACUCACACUACUUAUAUGCCUUCUUCUGCUUCUACGAUCGGCUCCAACCCGCUCAACCAGAUCAUCACUCCCAGAUCAAGUGUAUCAUCCGCUCCACUCACCGAUGAACGUGCUCAGAACCAGCCUCCCAACCGAAGACUCUACUCCAGCAAGCCUGCUGUCUUGGCUUCUGCCCCGGCUCUCGUUCCCGCUUCAACUCCUCUUGCCGUACUUACUCAGCCUAAGGUUAUUCCCCCCCCACUUCCCUAUGUCGAACGUCCUGUGGACAAGGACUUCGUCCCUGUCACAAUCCCCACUACCUUUUCUCACUUUCUGCAACUUCCUCUCGAGAUCCGCAACUCGAUCUAUUCCGACUUGGUUCACAACGGCAUACAUGGUCUUCUGCUUCCAAAGAAGGAUCUGAGAAUCUAUCAUCAGGCUCCCAUCACUCGCGUCAAUCGCCAGAUUCGCCAAGAGUCGGUCAGUAUGGUUUACAGGAUUAACCCAUUCGACGCAACCAACCGCGAGCUGGUCAAGCAAGGUCCCUCCUUCGCACGCCAUGUUCCCAACAGCAAGUUGACACUCAUCCGCAACUGGCGCUGGUUCACCGUGAAGCGUCAUCUGUCGAUUGAGUUUGAUGCUACACGUGGUGGAGGCUGCGUUGUGGGUUUCGACGGCCAGAAUGACGAGGCUUAUGCCAUAGGUCAGGACAGAUGCAACCAGGUCCUCGUCUACUUGAACAGCCUGAAACUUCCCGUCACUGGUCUUGAAGCUAUGGAUGUGGUUGCCAUCACUGAGAUUGUCCUUCGUACCACCCCAAAGACCAAGACCAAGACAGAGGACGAGACCGCUGGUUGAGACGACGUAGGGAGGUGGGGAAUAGUGCUGUGGGUCAAGUUCAGGCCUUACAAUGGUCGCUGCUCGGUAUCCUAAGAGGACAUGACUUGGACGAUAGGUUUUAUAGCCGUUUGCUUUGC